GUGUAUGCAAGAAGGACGAAUCGAGCAGUCAAUAAGACGUUAUUACGACCAUGACGGACCUCCUCAUCGGACUGCCCACGUCGACAUUCGCGAGCAACGGGGUCCCGGUCACGAAAUCCGAGGUGAUCUUUCGGAGCCCCGGCGGCGCCGGCCAGCUCUUCCGCAACUCGGAAAUGAGGCACUCGCGAAGCGAGGACCUCCUGGGGCCCCCGACGACGCGCAGCCCUUCGCCCCAGCCACUUAUAGGGACCGCGGCAUCCGAAGACGAUCUCAUAGCCGCGAGUGCGCUCAACGGCCCGAGCCCGAGACCCGGACUCCUGGGUGCGAGGGGCUCCCCUGGCUCGCCGGGCCCACUCGCCGACAGGAUCGACCCCGAGGAUUCCAUUCGCGAUAUCGUCACUGAAAACGACCUCUACAGGUUUGUGCUGUUCAAGAGGCAUUACGACAAAUACGUGGCGCUGGCUACGAGAUACGAGGAGGCGAGGGGGCUUGCUUAUUACCUUGAGGAGCGUUAUCACGAAGUCAAGGUGAGUUGUGCCGCUCGACUACUUCUCUUUGACUCUUUCUGCUUUGCGGAAGUAUAA